AAUGCCAUCAAAACGCCGAGCGAAAAUAAGAAAAAAUCCUCCUUUACCACUCGAGAAAGAAAAAGAAGAUGAAAAUAUUGAUUACGGUUUGCUUAAAACAUCCAUGCAAAUGGGGGGAAAUCCAGCUAUUUUGAUCGCAAGAAGUCUACAAUCAGGCUCGGAAGAAGUUCAGGAGCUUCUUCUCAACGAGAUUAAUUUCAUAUUUGAAUGCAAAUCUUGUAAGAAUAUGUUCCGGUCUCUAUCAAAUCUCAUUGCUCAUAAACGAGCAUUCUGCAAGAAAAAUUUUGAAGAACCUAUUAUUUACGAAGAGCCAGAGGAAGAAACUGUAAACAUUGUUCAACCUGAAGCAGCUUAUGAGGCAACAAGCAAAGUAGCUAGCUCUUACGUACCCAAUCGUAAAAAAUUACUCUCUCCCGUAAAGUGCAAUGGUAAUAACUUUCAUGACUCUUAUGUAAAUUCGCAAAAGAAAAGAGGCAAAAAUUUGGUGGAGAUUUUAUCACAAAUUGAACAAGCUAAGUUAAAUAGGAAAAGGUCAUAUCAAUUUAGCCCUAAAACAACGAUCAUUGCAAAACCUCUUGAUGCAAAUUCUAAAGUUAUAAAAUUUGAAGUGAAGAAGAAGGAAUGCGAUGAGGGAUCGGUUGAGACAGAUGAUGAUGAAGAAGAUCGUUCUUCAAAUGGAAGAAGAGAAAGAAAGAGCACAAAACCAAAAAGAAUAUGCAAACAGGUAGAUGAAGCAGACGAAAUCGAUCAAAAUGAGGAAGAAAAAGAGGACUCUGAGUCUGGUAAUGAAUCAGAAAAUAAAGUAAUGUGCGAAGAGCAGAAAGAGAAAGAAGAAGGGGAGGAUGAAGAAGAGGAGGAGGAGGAAGAAGACGCAACGGAAGAAUAUAAGGAAACGCAGGAUGAGAAUAAAACAAAACGAGUUGUCAGAAAACGAGGAAGGAAGAGGGCUAGACUUACUGCCGUCAGACCAAAAAAAAGCGGUCCGGCCUCGGCUAAGUUAAUGAGCAAGUUAAGCGAUUUUAAUUGUGAUCCCGCCACUCAAACAUGCUUAAUUUGCAACAAAAGACUAUGUAAUGUCUACGCUCUGCUAAGUCAUAUGAUAAACCUUCAUUCAUUAGAAAGAACGAUUUAUAAAUGUUUAUUUUGCGAAGUACUUUUCACUAUGGAAUCAGCAUCAAUCAGGCAUAUGCAAACCAAGCACGCGCGAAAUGUUACACAAUAUACUAAAGAAGAGCUAAAAGCUAGAAUUAUGGCCACGUCAUUUAAUGUUCCAGAAAAGGAAGUCGAUAAUUUAUUACAGCCAAGAGUAUCAAGCUGUAAGAGAUAUGCAGUUAUGCGUAGGGCAAAAAAGAGAGGAAGAGCUAUUGUGAGAACUGGCUCAAAGGAGAAAGAGGAGGAAGUUGAAGAUAAAAAUGAAUCUGAAGAUGAAGAAGAAGAGAAACAGGAAAUGCCUGAAACGAGUAAACAAGAAAUAUUAUCUAUGAUUUUGGCUGACGAUGACAAAAGUGAUGCUAAAAGAACUUCUGACGACGAUCAGCUGGACGAGAUGGCUUUCACAGAAGGAGAUUAUGAAAAAAUGCGUUCCAUUAUUAGCGAGAAAGAGUUGAAAUGUUUGCAGUGUGAUCGACUAUACACAAACAGAUCAAAUUUAUUACGUCAUGCGUAUAGGCAUCUAGGAAUAUGUCGAUACACUUGUAAUCUUUGCGAUGCCAUGUGCUUUAACAAGAGUGAAGCAAGAACACAUAUAAGAAGGGUUCAUAAGAAAGAUGUUCCUGAAGACGGUGACAUUAUAGAUGUUCAUGAACAUGUUAAACAAUUUGGAACUUCUGGACUAGAUAAAGUUAAGAAACGUAAAGUUUCUGGAGACAGUAUCAAGGAUUUGCCUAAACCGAAGCUAGAUGUGAUAGAAAAGGAGAGCUCAAAUAACGAUGUAGUGAUGAGUGUGUCUUCACUGUCUCUAAAGUCUCGAGACAAGACGGAUGAAACCACUGUUAAAGUUCUGCCUAAACCAAGCGGAAUUCGAACGUUUUACGUGUCACCACAUUCUAGCCAAGAGGAGAUAAAAAAUGCAGCCAAAAAAUUACUAGGAACAAGUGAAAGUUCAAAAAUUCGCUUAUCUGAAACUACUUCCACUUCUACAUCAUCAAAGCAGGCUGUCAUGCAGGUAGUUCAUGUAGUCAGCUCUGCUCAGCCAGUUAUGAAAAGACCUAUCGUGAAAGCUAUCAUUGCCAAACCGGUUAACACGCCAAAACCACAAGUUAUUAGAUUUAGUGGACCUACAACGGAUAGAGUUCCCUUGAAAACUCCUACAGAAGUUCGACUAAUCUCAUCGAGCGAAAGAACAACAAAGUGCACCCCUAUUGCUGUCAGUGUUGUAAAAAAGUCAACCUCUCAACCAACAGUAGUUAACGUAGGGAAAUUGGAUUCGGAAGAUAUGAAAAUUCAACUACAAGUGGAAGAUGUUAAGAAACUGGAUAGAUUACUUAGUGACAAAGACGAUAAGUAG